AUGGCGCCCAAACCGGGACACUGCACACGCGGGUGAUCUGUGGUGGGUAGUAGACAACCGCGGUGAAUACCACAUGCUGACGAUAUGGAUACAGUAUGGCCGCGGCACAUUGGCUCAACUCGCUGGGAUGCCUGUCACUGUCGCUGUUAUGUCUCUUCACCACUACUCUUCAAACCACAAACGUGCUCGCGGGCGAGACCACGGAGCUCUCGAGCUCGAGCCGGGAUACGCUCGCUGAAUCCUCGCCAACUAAACUUCCAAAGUGCGACCGCACGUUCGUGAGUCGCGGAGGGACCACCAACGGCACCUUCCACGCCCCGGAGCUGGUGAACCCCGGCAACCACAGCCGGCAGUGCCUCUACACGUUCCUAGCGGCGCCGGGGCAGCGCGUUCUAGUCCAGUUCCGCACCUUCGAACUACGAGGAAAACCACCAGAUGGGGCCGCAGUGGGGGAGCUUCCAGCAUGUAUGCACGAGUACAUGGACAUAUAUUCGGAGAUGGCGUCCCUGGAGACGGUGGAGCUGGUCAACUCGGCGUUCGGGGGCCGGUACUGCGGGCCCAUACCACCGAGGCGGCGGGUGUCAUUACAUCGGGCCGUCGCUCUCUCCUUCUACACCGACAAAAUGUACACACCGCCAACACUCUUCACGGGCAGCUACGAGUUCAUCAACGCCACGGACUUCGAAGUGGGGACCCCGGUGCCGAAUACGAUGUGCUCGUUCGUGAUAGAGGCCAACAAGCGCAGAACAGGGCUGCUACUGUCGCCGACUUACCCCGGGAUAUACCCGAAGGACAUCACCUGCAACUACAUGUUCAGCGGGCAGCCGGGACAACGCAUACGGCUCGAGUUUCGCGACUUCGAUCUUUUUUUCGGCGGCCCUCAUUGCCCGUUCGACUGGGUGCGCGUGUACGACGGGCCCGACAAUUCCUCAGCUGUGAUCGGCACCUACUGCGGCCAGCAACGCAACCUGGUGCUGUACUCCAGCGACGAGCGGCUGCUGGUGACAUUCUUCACGCUGCCGCGCUCCGCCAGCACACAGAACAGGGGGUUUAAAGCAAUCUUCGAAUUUUCUGAAAGUUUUGUUAAGUUAGAUUUUAUAAGUAAACACGAUGCCGAGCACAUUAGGGGCUCAGAGUGCGACCAGAAGAUUCUUAGUAAAAAGGAGUCUACAGGAUUCGUGUACCAUCCAAAUUAUCCAUUCCCGUAUAUACAAAAAGUUGUUUGUAGAUAUUUUAUAUAUGGUAUGCAAGAUUCACAAAAUUUAGAAAGGGUACGAUUAGAGUUCCAGAACUUUUCUAUUCCCAGAGGAUUAAAAGAGAAACCGGAAACUUGCCCAGAUGGUUAUCUCAAGGUAUACCUUCGCGGGCAAGAAGCGACAGAUUCUUAUGACAAACACGAUGCAGAGUUGUGUGGGGAGGGAUCCAACGGCCCGCCACCAUUUCCCCCGCCGUUGGUGUCGGACGGGCCUCGACUUGUGAUGGUGUUCAGCUCUGGAGAGCUACAGGGAAGGGGAUUUAAGGCUAAAUAUACAUUUGAGACUGAAUAUCGCGUGCCGGGUACUGCAGCGCCGGGCGGGGAAUGCGCGUUCACUUACCGCUCAGAGGCAAAGAAACGGGGAGAGUUUAACUCCCCACGGUACCCCUCCAACUACCCCUCGCGUACUAACUGCACGUACACACUAGACGCCACCCCCAACGAACAGGUCACUGUGGUGUUCGACCAUUUUAAAGUCAGAGCUGAUUCGUGGAACGCCACCGCUGGCCUUUACGGGGGCGCGACGUGCAGCGAGGACUGGGUGGAGGCGUGGUGGCGCGGACGCGAGGGCUCGCGCGUGGCGCUGGGUCGGUGGUGCGGGCCCGCCACGCCCGGCCCGCUGCAGUCCCCGCGCGGCGCCGGCGGCCUGCUGCUCGCGCUCCACACCGACGCCGACGCCGUCGCCUCCGGCUUCAAGGCCCGAUACGUGUUCGAGCCGGCGAAGUCUAUAUUCGGCGACUGCGGCGGCAACAUGUCUGGCGCGGAGUGGGGCGUGGUGACGUCGCCGCGGUUCCCGCUGCCGUACGAGCAGCCGUCGCGCGGCGCGGCCUCUCGAGUCUGUAACUGGUUCGUGACCGCGCGACCCGGCAAGCGAUUGUUGCUCAAUUUUGAACAUUUCGCCGUCGAGGGACAUCUCACGGAGCGUGGAUGUCCAGCGGCGGUGCUUCGGCUGUGGUACGAGAGCCCGGGUCCACCGCUGGAGCUCUGCGGGGAGAAGGCGCCGUCCGACCGCUGGCAGUACCUCUCCUCUUCUAACUCAAUAAGGCUGUCAUUUAUAAUAGCGGAUAAAGCGGUGGGCGCGGCCGGGUGGCGCGCGGUGUGGACGGAGGUGACGGUGGCCGAGAACGGGGAGUGUGCGGGUGGUGCGGGGGGUGCGGGGGGUGCGGGGGGCGCGGGGGUGGAGCCGGCCGAGUGCGCGGGCGCCUGCCUGCCGCCCGCCGCCGCCUGCUCGGGCCUGCAGCACUGCGCGCUCAUGCCGCCCAGCCGACCGCCCCACUGUUAGUACGCAAAUCGCACGUUACAUCUCCCCCUCACCUAAUUUAUAAC